UCAUGAUUCAUGUGGCUUGAAGCUUCAUAAUCGGUAUUUGAAGCACCGACUGGUACCUAAAUACCAAGAGACGGGACGAUCGACGCGAUCGAUAAAGGUGAGACCCACUCAAGCUUUACUUGGUGAAUUCAAUCUUGCUGCCUUCCAUUUGACCUACCUUUAUUCAUAAACAUCAUGCGCAACACCACAACCAAAUAUGGUACUUCUUACUAUGACCCCCUCCAUAGUGGAGGCAUUGAAUAGAUUGGGCGAUACGAACAUCGAUGAUAUACCCAGCGGCAACGAGAACAGUCCGAAUUCGAAGGGUUAUAGCGAACCAUCGUUGAGGGAUCCCGAACUUGGAAGACCCAUAAGUCACGGACAGAUCAUCGAUACAUGGAAAUGCUUGAAGAAUAAACAUGAUGAUGCGACAAAACUGGAAGAACUCCUUCGUGGUGCGAUGGUCUAUAUACCUCCCCCGCCUCCAAAACCAGAACCGACCGACGAGUAUAAAGCUCUAAUGGCCCGAUUGCGUCACGAGGAAGAAGAGAGAUCCUAUGAGCGCAUGCUGAAGAAAGCUCCACCCAAAGAAUCGUUUGCACGGAGGUUUCCCGAUGCCCCCAUGGCGCAUUCUUUCGCCGAAGUUAAUCGACCGACGAAAUCCUCGGAUCUAGGAGAUGAUAUCGAAAAUGGUGAUGUCCAGAAACAGAUAACACUAGUUAUCAAUUUCCUCCUCAGCAUUUUUGGUGCCGGCGCAGCGCUCUGGAUAGCAGCCAGGUGGUGGAGUGUCCCGGCGCGACUAUUCUUAAGUUUAGGCGGCAGUAUCGUCGUUGCCAUCGCAGAAGUCACCGUCUACUCUGCGUAUACAUGGAGAAUGGCAGAGGGUGAAAAGAUUCAGAAUAAGAAGAGGGAAGUUAAGCAAAUCGUUCAAACCUGGGUUAUUGGAGAAGAUGACAACGACAAGAAGGGUCACGACGAGCCUCUAACGAUAGACGAAACGGAACCCGCGACGAAUCUCCGAAGAAGGAUCAAAGGACCGACAUAAAGUCCAUAUAAACAAAAUUUAAUGUCAAAAAUCUACGAAUCUGCUGCAUCUAUUUCAAUUGUUUAUUUAUCUUUAUACAUGAUUAUAAUGCUAACACUAGGCACAUACAGUAAACCUUGGCCAUAGCGAUUCUACUAUACAACGAUAUUUUUAUAUAACGAUAUUUUCAAGGGGAUUUUGCGAUUUUGUAUAUAAAAUAACGAUAAUUUUCCCAUAACGAAUAUCGUUAACUUUUGGGUAUUUUACUUAAAAAAUCGUUAUAGGGAAGUCAAGUUUUAACUAAAUAGUACUAUAUAAAGUGGAAUAUUGCCUUUAAUAGCCAAUUAUAUUUUUAUAUUAUUUUA